AUGUACAGUGCUUCGAGAUAUCUUCUCUGGCUUCUCACUACGAUGCAGACUGUGAUCCGAGUUCUUGUAAAAUAUAUGAUUUUUUGUGGAUUGCACGAGGGACCGCUGAUACCUAGAAGAUUCAACAUUUGCGCGUCCCUAGUCAUACAUUUAGCCAAGGGUCCUCUAAUGUAA